AUGGAACUCAACCGAGAACAUUUUCGCGCCAUAAUUUAUUACAACUUGGAGAGACAAUUAUCGCAACAAGAAUGCCUUGCUGAGUUACUGACUGUUUUCGGCAACGAAGCGCCACAUCAGUCGACAAUUUCCCGUUGUCUUAGCGACGAUCCCAGGGUGGGUGCACCAAAAUCGGCAGUCACCCAGGAAAACGUCGAUGCUGUACGCAAACUCAUCAUUGAAGAUAGACAUGUGACAUAUCGCGAGAUUGAGGCGUCCUUGAAGAUCUCAAAGACCUCAAUUCAAAAAAUGUUACAUGAAGAAUUAGGAGUAAGAAAAUUAGUUUCUCGUUGGAUACCCCACCUGUUGACUGCAGAGCAGAAAGCCGCCAGGGUUAAUUGGUGUCAAAAAACGGUUGACCGUUUCAAUUCCGGAAACUCAAAAAAUGUGUACAUCAUUGUUAGUGGUGAUGAAUCGUGGAUUUACUGUUAUGAACCAGAAAAUAAACGACAGUCGGCUGUUUGGGUGUUCCAAGGUGAAGAAAAGCCAACAAAAGUCAUCCGUUCUCGAAGUGUUUCGAAAAAGAUGGUCUAUACCACCAUUUGUUUCCCAAAAGUUAUCACCGAGCUUCGAAAAAUCAACCACGAAAGAAGAAUCAUCCUCCACCAAGACAAUGCAAGCUCGCACACAGCCCAAAAAACAAGGCAGUAUUUAACGGAAGAAAACGUGGAAUUAUUGGACCAUCCUGCAUAUAGUCCCGAUCUAAGUCCUAAAGAUUUCUUUACUUUCCCGAAAAUUAAAAACAGACUGCGUGGUCAAAGGUUCCAGUCACCAGAAGAAGCAGUUGACGCAUUCAAAAAUUCCGUUUUGGAUCUGCCAGCAAACGAGUGGAAUAAGUGCUUCGAAAAUUGGUUCGAGCGCAUGCAGAUGUGUAUAAAUCUUCGUGGAGAAUACUUUGAAAGACAAUAA